GCUAAAAUAUUGAUCAAUGAAAUGUCAAUAGCGAGAUAUUUGUUCUCGGUUAUAGUGCUGAGAUCACAACACUUCAACAGUCUGUGUGUUCACUGCUUAGUAGUUGGACGUGUGCUCGCGUGUACAUUAUUUUGUGCCGAGAUGGCGCUGUCAGAGCAAACUGACGUUAAGGGUUUCAAAAUUGAAGAAAAAAUGGAGGAAUCACAAAUACAGAAGGCAUUCGCCGGUAGUACGAUACUGCUUACUGGAGGGACUGGUUUCCUGGGGAAACUACUCGUUGAAAAACUACUUAGAUCAUGUCCAGAUGUUAAAAAGAUAUAUCUUUUGACACGUCCGAAGAAAAACAAAGACAUUAUAAAGCGGCUUCAAGAACAGUUCGAUGAUUGUCUCUACGACAAACUCAGGAAGGAAAGGCCGGAUUUUAUACAAAAAAUUCAAGUCGUUGAUGGGGAUGUUAGCAAAAUUGGUCUCGGCAUAAACGAUGAAGACAGGAAAAAUAUUAUAAAUGAGGUUGAGUACAUUUUCCAUGGGGCCGCCACGGUAAGGUUUGAUGAGGCUUUGAAGACAGCUGUUUUAAUAAACGUUCGUGGAACCAGAGAGAUGUUAGUACUGGCAAGGGCUUGUACGAAACUGCGAGCUUUGGUGCACAUUUCCACGGCCUACAGCAACUGUCCCUUGAAAGAGAUAGAUGAGAAAUUCUACGAAUCGCCUCUUUCCGCUGAGAAGAUGAUCGAUCUCGUUGAAAGUAUGGACGAUAAAACGCUCAACACCAUCACUCCAGGUAUAUUAGGGGAAUUCCCAAAUACAUAUGCAUACACAAAGUUCCUGGCAGAGGAUAUUGUUCAGAAAAACUCCUAUGGUCUCCCCGUCGCUGUCAAUAGACCCUCUAUAGUUGUUGGAACCGCAAAGGAACCUUUGUUGGGAUGGAUAGACAACGUGUAUGGUCCCACGGGGGUGGUUGUAGGUGCGGGUGUAGGUCUUAUCCACACUUUAAACUGUGAUCCAAAAGCAGUAGCUGACUUGGUACCGGGGGAUUAUGUGGUGAACAGUGUGAUAGCAGCCGCCUGGAAGAUGGCGCGGGAUCAUCCCGGGAACCACGAGGAAGCUCCCAUGGAUCAACUUCCAGUCAUUUAUAAUUAUGUGUCGUCAGAGCAAAAGCCGUUGACCUGGGAAAUGUUCAUGAAGUACAACGAGUUGUAUGGUAUAGAGACGCCUCCGUUGCAAGCUGUUUGGGCCUACUUGCUGAUACUGACACCAAAUAUAUUCUUCUACAAAUUUUGCUGCCUCCUGAUGCACUGGUUCCCGGCCUACGUCGUUGACGGUGUAUGUUUUCUUAUUGGCAAAAAACUUAUGUUAAGGAAAGCGUACACAAAAAUAGAGAAAUUUUCAGCGGUCAUCGGCUACUUCGCUCUCAGACAGUGGAAGUUUCACAACAACAACACACAGGGGCUUUACAAGGAAAUGUGCGGCGUAGAUAGAGAAAUGUUUGAUUUUGACAUCGGAUCCCUUGAUUGGAAUGAAUAUCACAAAUCCUAUGUCACUGGAGUGAGACAAUAUCUGCUCAAAGAUCCUCUGGAGACAAUCCCGCAAGCUAAGAAGAAAUUUAUGAGGCUGAAAUUCCUCCAUUACGUAUGCACAGUCAUAUUUUUCUUCCUAUUGUAUAAAUUCUUCUCGUUUAUAUUCAGAGUCAUUGUUUAGUUUAUAUUUAAAUGCGCGUUCAGUGAGUGUGGAUAUAUUUGUUAUUUAUUUUUUAUAUUAUUUUUUUUGGUAAUUUUGAGAAUUUUUUUUUUUUGGGGUACAUGUAAAUAUAUAAAUUAUGCAAUAUAUUUGUACUACCGAUGAACAUAAACAAUAAUAAAAGAAAGUUUUACUUAAAGAUAGAAAAAAGGACACAUCAACUAGGUACAUUUGUAAGUUUUUAAUUGUUAAUUUUAAGUGAAAUCGAAUGCUCAAAUAUGUGUUAUUUGUAAUAAAGAUUUUUGUAAAUAUA